AUGCGAAGUCUCGAACGAAUUGUGGAGACAAGAAUUGAAUUACUCGAAUGGGAUUCGAAAGAAACCAAAGAAGAUUGUGCAAAAUGUCGUGCACUUGAUUGUGAUAUCAUUUUUGCACUACUUUUUACAAUUGUUAUUGCUUGUCUUUUAGUAUUAAUUAUGGUUUUUUGGUUGAAAGGUGUACUUCAAUACGAAGAGUGAGUUAUGGUUUCGAAAUUUCCGCGCAGCGAUUUCAGAUGUAAUUAUUAAAAUUUUAAUUUUGGAUCGAAUCGAUAAGUUUCAGAGUGCGAUAAACAUUUCGAUUUGUCAAAACCUGAAGGAACUAUUUAUUUUCCGGAAAACACGAUCAAUGUUAAUUUGAAGAAUUCAACAAAAAUCGAAGAAUUAUAUAAUUUACAAGUUUGUUUAUUUUUUAUUGCGCGCAGCUUUUUUUUCAAAAAAUAAUUGAAGUCGAAAAAUAUGUAUAAUGAAUAUUUCAGUGUGUAUACACGUUUGUUGCGGGACCGAGGCAACGUGUAAUGCUCGAAUUUGAUCAUUUUUCACUUUCGGGCAGCUCUGAAAAGUAAGUUCUGAACAUCAAUUCAUAAUAAAUGAUAAUAAAAAUGAGUUUUUUCCAGCUGUGAUAUAGAAUAUGUAGAUAUUUAUUCUGAAAUUGAAUCAAUUGAUGAAGAUCUUUUAUCUUCAGCUCUUGGUGGUAGAUAUUGUGGUACUGUAGCACCACGAAUACGUAUUAGGUGAGUUGUUUUUUUAAAAUAAAAUAUAUCGCAAAAAUUCUGAAUUUCAGUUUGCACAAUAUUUUGAAAUUAGUUUUACAUUCUCGAACUUCCAAUCGGGAGGAAAAUUACGGUUUUAUUGCUCGAUAUUCUUUCAUUUCUGACGAAAAAUAUGCAUCUGGUCGAUUGAUUCCUGGCAAAAAAUGUAAUUUUAUUAUUGACUCUUCUGAGAAUCCACUGGGAAUUCUUUAUUCUCGAACUUAUCCUGGCACAUUUCCACGUGUGAGUUUUAUUUUGCAAUUGUUCGAAUACUGAAAAUUAAUCAGAAACUUUCGAUUAUUAUAGAUAUUUAAAAAAUAGAUAAUUCUUGAAAAAAAUUUGUAGAUUAUCAUUUUUCAGAAUACUCAUUGCUCAUAUUUGUUCAAAGGCUCUUCUAAUGAACGUAUUCGAUUAUAUUUUCACGAUUUUGAUGUUUUUUUCGGUGGCGAACAGUAAGUUUAACACAUUUUCAACUGAUAAAAAUAUCUAUCGUAAUUCAGUUGUCCUUAUGAUACUGUCACAAUAUUUGAUGGUCCAACAUCUUCUUCUCCAAUAAUUCGAAAAAUAUGUGGACUUCAACAAAGACUUGAAGCUUAUUCGAUGUCAAAUACUCUUCUUAUUCAUUUUAAUACAACAAAUCCUCCAAAAACCGAUCCACGUGGAUUUUUCUUGGAUUACGAAUUCUCAUCUCGAUUUGUUGUGAUUAAUAAACUUUUGAAUGGACAAAAAGGUGUGACACAUAUUCGAGGAACUGAAUGUGAUGUAAAAGUUGAGAGUAAUCGAGAAACAAAACAUAUUAUAAGAAGUCCAAAUUAUCCUGAUGCAUAUCCAACAAAUACAACAUGUUCAUAUAUAAUUCAUGGAUUACAAGGCGAUCAAAAUUUGGAAAAAGUUUCGGUUGUUUUUCGAGAAUUCGGAGUUGUUUCAUAUCCUGUCAGGUAUUUUAUUCGAUUUUUUCAAGAAAAUGUUUAGUUUUUUUCAGCAGUUCAUCUGAUGAUUUUUCAACAGAUGAAUCCUGUCCAACUGCUUGGGUUGGAAUUGCAUUAUCUGAAUCAAAUAUAAAAGCAGCAAUAUCAUCAACUGAUGACUCUGUUUUUGAUCAAACUUUAUGCGAUCGACUUGAAGGUGACAAAAAAUUUGGACCUUUUUCUUCUGAGGGUCCAAAAAUGGUGAUUCAAUUUGGAAGUACCGAAUUAUAUAAUGAUGGAAAAGCACCAUUAGGUUUUGAAGCUGAAAUUGAAUUCAAAACGGAUUAUGGAAUAACUGGAAAAUCAUUAGGAACUUCUAAUGAGUGUAAAUUUGAAUUCGAUAAAAAUGGUUUUUUCAACAGUCCAAGAUAUCCGGCAAAUGUAAGUAUUUAGUUUAAAAUUGAACAUUUAAUGUGGAAUUUAGUAUCCACUUGACACAAAUUGCACAUAUUAUAUCAUUGGAAAACCUGGAAAAGAAAUUCUUAUUUAUUAUGAACAAUUUAUUCUCCACGAAGAUCCCGAAAACCCGUAAGUUUAUUCGAAUAAAAAACUGUUUAAAAAUUCGAAAUAAAUUCUAUUUAGAACAAGUGACUAUUUGGAAGUUUUUGAUGUUCGUUAUGAAAAUGGAAAAGAAAUUCUUGAAAGUCGAGAAAAAUAUUAUGCUGGAAGUGUUCCUGGUCCAAUUAUUUCAUCUCCAGGAGUUUAUGAAAUGCGGGCAGUAUUUUCAUCUGGUUCAUCUGGUUCUGCAAAUGGAUUCAAAGCACUUUUAGAAUUUCAAGACAUUCGCGAUAAAAAGGAUCAAAAAUCAGAUCCAGAUCAUUGUGGUGGAAUUAUUGAAGCAUCUGAUGAAUUACCCAGUGGUAAAAUUUCUUCACCAAAUUAUCCAAUAAAAUACAAAGAAAAUGUUCAUUGCAAAUGGAAUAUAAAAGCACGUCCAGGUCGACGAAUUGUUGUUCAAAUGGAAACUAUCAAAGUUGAAGGUGAAAUGACAGAAACAACUGCUCAAUGCCAAAAAGCAGUUAUAAGAGUAAGCGGAUCAAAAAGAAUCGAAUAUUGUGGAAUUGAUCAUGCUUUAUUCCAAACAUUAGUAUCAAAAAAUGAAACAAUCAAAAUAAGUUUUCUGACUGCACCGGAUAAAGUGAUUGGACUUGAAGGAUUUCAAAUGAUAUGGACAGAAGUUCUUGAAAAUGCUGAUGAAAAUUCGUGUAAUGGAGAUGGAAAUUAUUUGUGUACUUAUUCGAAAUAUUGUAUUAAUUCAAAAUUGAGAUGCGAUGAGAAAAAGAAUUGUCCCAGUGAUGAUUCUGAAACUUCUUUGGAUGAUUCUGAUGAACAACAUUGUGAGUUUUAACAACAUUUCGAAUAUGUCGUUUUCCAUUUUGCAUGGUAUCUAGAACCAGAAUUAAUUUUCAAUGAAACUCUUACAAAACUAUAUUUAUUUUAAAAAGCAUGUAUCCUGGUUCUAGUUCCCCGUUUUAAAUUGUUUUUUUUUCGUAAUCCAGGCCGUCAACAAAGUUCGCAAUUGAUAACGUCUGCAUCGCAACCAUAUUGCUGUUCAUUGUUAAUAUUUAUGCUGUGCUUUAUUUUAACAUACGUGUUCCUUUGAUAUGUUCAUAUUGUAAUUUUGAUUUGUAUUAUUAAUAUAGGUGCGAAAAAGGAGAAUUCAACGGAUCGAACAGUUGUUAUUGCUGCUGUUUUAUGUGGUGGAAUAUUUCUAUUUAUAUGUGCAUUCUUCUGUUAUUUAUUCAAAAGCAAAUUGGAAAGAAAAAAGAAAAAGAAAAGGAAAGAUGGAAGUCGUCAUAGGUUAGUUGAACUUUUUAUAAAUGGAACUUUUCUUAUUUAUAUAUUUUUAAAGACAACGUCAACCAUAUCGACAACAACGGCCAAUGAAUAAAGCGCACUGUGAUUCAGAACUUUCAUCCCCAGCUACAAGUCGUUUUGUUCAUCACGAUGCAACAGGAAUCAUGCCACAUGUUGCACAUCAUCAACCAUCAUCCUCACAGACUUUUUAUGCAUAA